UUCGACCAUCACCCUUGUCUUUAGUACCAGCGACAUGUUCCUCUCCCUGUUUGUAGCUGCGGCAUUUCUGGCUAUACCUUCAACCGGUCGCGCACCAUCUAGCUGCUGUGCAAGCCUGGUCUCCUCAUUGGGCUCCAAAAUUUCGUAUCCCAGUAGUACUUCCUACAACAAGUCUAUUCAAUCAUACUGGUCUCAGCAGGAGCAGUCAAUUUCACCCGCUUGCGUGCUGUCCGCGACCUCUUCCCAGGAUGUGUCUACAGCACUCGGACUGCUUACUUCGGAAGACUGCAAGUUUGCAGUUCGAAGUGGUGGCCAUGCUGCCAUUGCAGGGCACGCUAAUAUCCAGGGUGGUGUCACCAUUGACCUCUCAGCCCUGAAUCAUAUUGUUCCUUCAGCGGAUCACUUGUCUGUGUCAAUUGGGCCUGGCAACACCUGGGGCAGGGUGUACACUGCAUUGGAUGGACUCAAUGUCUCGGUACCUGGCGGGCGCGACAGCCCAGUAGGCGUUGGCGGCCUGACUCUCGGAGGUGGAUUCGGCUACUUCGCAACACUGGCGGGCUUCGCAUGCGACAACAUCUUACAAUACGAGGUCGUGCUCGCUAGCGGCGAGAUUGUUCAGGCUACGAGUCAAAAGAACCACGACCUCUGGCUAGCCCUGAAGGGCGGCUCCAGCAACUUUGGGAUCGUCACCAACUUCAACUUCCAGACCUUCCCACUGGGUGGUGUCUGGGGAGGCGAUGCCUACUUCGCCAUUGGCACAGUAAACCAGCAACUGUCGGCUUUGUAUAACUUCACCGCCAACCGAAACUACGACCGCCAGGCGGGCCUGAUGAUCAAUCUAGCCUACACCCCCUCGACGGGGCCAAUACUGACCAACACCUAUGCCUAUGCGGCGCCGGUAGCCUACCCUACCGCUUUUGAAGAGUUCACUGCCAUCCCGCAGCUCUCCAACACCACGCAGAUCUCCAGCUUAGCUACUUUAGCCAUAGCCGAGGGUUCCGCAUCGCCAAACGGCUAUCAACAAAUCACCUUUGCGGUGACAGUUAAGAACAGCCUCCCGAUGCUGAAGUCACUCUUCGAGCUGUGGAACGCCAGCAGCAAUGCUGUGGCUGGCAUCGCCGGCAUCGAAUGGACCAUCACUCUGGCCCCCAUUGUCCCCGCCAUCACCGGCCAGAGCGCCCGCAAGGGCGGCAAUGUGCUCGGCCUAGACGAUCUGCCGUCAGAGGGUUUAAUAUUGGCCAUUCUGUCUGCGACCUUCGACUCCGCCGCUGACUACGCCUUCGUGGAUGAUGCCGCACAGCAUCUCGCGGAUAACAUUGUGGUUGCCGCGAAGCAUGCGGGUGCUUACAAUGACUACGUGGAUCUCAACCACGCCGCCGCUUGGCAGGACCCGAUCACCAGCUACGGGAGCGAUAAUAUGGCAUUUCUUAAGAGGACCGCUGAACAGUAUGACCCCGGGGCUGUUUUUCAAAAUUUGAUGCCUGGUGGAUUCAAGCUCUAGUCCGCGCUCUAUGCAGAUGGACUUUCGGCGCGAUUCUCAAAGCCUAAAAGACGAUUAUGGUUGGUGUCGGGGAGAAAAGCAGCUUACCGAGACAACGAGAUGAAAGUCAUUCUUUCGAAGUCAAUGCGAUUGCUUCUCUAGAAAUGCUAUUGAUUGGAAAUCGACGAUUUUGAAUAUAUGUGUCUUUCAUCCACAAAAUCUUAUGUUCAAAUGUACACGGUGAAU